AUGCCAGUUUCAUCAAAUCAAAGUAACAUGUCUGUAUCGAAUCAAAAUCCGACUAAUAACAACGAAUAUCAAGAUUUAUUACGACAUGUUAUGAAAGUUCCAACUAAUCGCUGCAUCAUCAGGCAGAAUUUCCUGUACAACAUCUGCAGUCGAUUACAAGAUAUCGAUCAGUGUGGAGGCCACAUUUGGGUUCAUGGCAAACGAGGCAGUGGUAAAACUGUUGCAGUAAGCCAAGCAGUUAGAAUAGUAGUAGAGCAAAAGAAAGCUUUUCACCCAAAUGGCGUAUACUGGAUCACAAUCGGAAAUGCUAAAAAUCAGCGGUUAUUUUUAAUUUUGGAAAAGUUAUGCCUCGAACUCGGUCUCCAAGGCAUUGAUCUACCUCAAAAAUUAGACGAUGUUGUUGAUCGCCUAAACCGUUAUUUCCAAGGUAGUUAA